CCCCCCCCCCCCCCCCCCCCGCCUUACCAUCCCGAGUGCGUUCGCCGUCGCCAUGUUUUUAUAGGAGGGUCGAUCGUGCAGUUUCCCAUCUCGCCCAAAAACUGCUCAAUCGCUGGCCAGACAGACCCCGUUGGUUUGCCCGGCCACCCUCCUUUCUCUCUCUCUCUCUCUCUCAGGGGCGUCUACUCAAGUCCGGUCCAUUCGGCUUAGGUAGGAACCGGAUGUUGCACAUACAUCCUCAAUACUUCUUUUCUUUUUUCUGAGGGCGACGCUGGCGCCGCUGGAUUUCUCUCCUAAUAGACGUCUUGGGACUCGUUCAGUCCGAAUCGGGAGGAAAAAAGGUUGUCGGUUUCGGGUAGAAGAAGUGAAGGAAGCUGAAAGCGGGACACCCGAAGACAGCAGAGAGGCUCUUUUCCAGUGAAUUUAUCUUCACUGCGGAUAAACCCCCCGUCGACUUCGCUCUGAGAAAGGUUUAUUUUCCAGAAAAACGCCAUAUCUCAAUUCCAGCAGCAUGGAGCUUGGAGAAGCUUGCGCCGUAUACCUAGACGACCGUGUGAAGGAUGAACGUUGGGUGAUCAAAAACACCGACUCGACUGCUGGAGUAACCACCUACUCCGGUCUAGAAACCUCAGCUGAUGAAAGCGGCGAAAUUCGCACCAAUGUGCUACUUUUUCUUGGUGUCUUCAGGAAAGUUUACCUGUCUAAUUCAAGAAAAUCAUUCGCCGAACAGUUAACGCAGCUCAAUAUUACUUGUCGGCCUAAUUCCAACCCCUUAUUCGCCCUGGUUUCUAUCGUCGUCAACGGUUCAUCUGAGCCACUAUGGCAAUCGUCUGAAAGUCGGUCUCUUGCACCACCACCCGUGCCAUCAACGACACCCAACACAAAAGUUGGACGAUUUCUACGAUUCUCGUCCGAAGCGGAUGACUUCUGCAUGCUCGAGCUUCUUGCCAGGUUUUCGGCGAACGUGAGAAUUCAGACUGAAGUGAACCUUGCGGUUCCCGUCGCUGUGUUACGCUUCAUCCGGGAAGACGAUGAGCGUGGAAAAUCAACAUAUUCAGAAGCUACGGCGGAGGAUAUAGUAAAUGAUUUCCCCUUGGUGAACAGAUGCAUAACUCGUUGCCUGGAUGCGGGCGCCGUCGAUGUCCUUACAACCCCGUUAGAGGCGUCAAGACUUCAGAGUCUCUUAGUGCAUGCAUACAAAAUAUUUAAAACAGCUAGGAGGCAGCAAUGGCGGGAUACAGCAGCCGGGAGACCCACAAAACACUCAUGGGUUGGCGCCAAUGACCAACAACCGUACUCCUAUCUUCGAGAGACCAUGGUGACUAAACUGAUGAAACGAAUAUGCAAUCCUGACGAAGAGGUCGAUGAAUACCAAAGUGACCUUCAUAUCCUGGACCAACGGAAACGGCUCGUUGAGGCUGAAAUCGGCAAAUGGGAUUUCGCAGCCCAUGAUUUCUCAGAGGACGAACUUGUUCAUGCUGGAACAAUAAUGCUAGAGCAUGCCUUACAGAUGCCAGAGCUAGAACCCUGGCGAAUCUGCUCCGAGGAACUCCACUCAUUCUUGCUUGCCACUCGUGUCACGUACAAUAGUUUUGUCCUAUACCACAAUUUCCGCCACGCUAUAGAUGUCCUACAAUCGACCUUUCACCUUCUCGUUAGCAUCGGUGCUUUACCCCCUUACCCGAAUGGAACCAGUCAACGUGCGGGAGUGAGUCCAAUAUCAUCGUUGUUGACUCCCUCCGACGCUUUAGCUCUCCUCAUCACGGCAAUUGGACACGACGUCGGUCAUCCGGGAGUGAAUAAUGUCUUUCUCGUCCGACUGAACGCUCCACUUGCCCAGCUAUACAACGAUAACUCUGUUCUAGAAUCUUUCCAUUGUGCUGCGUUUUCGCAACUUUUACGAUCCCAUUGGCCCACAGUUUUCGCGGAUGCGAAACUGCGUAAAUUGAUGAUCAGUUCUAUCCUUGCGACUGAUAUGGGUGUCCAUUUUAAGUUCAUGGAAAGCUUAGGCAAACUUCAGGAGAAAUAUCACAAAACCAAUUCGACGGAAGGGUGGACAGACCAAGAAAUAGAGACCGAUCGGGUCUUACUCUGCGGCUUGCUAAUCAAAUGCGCCGACAUUAGCAAUGUGGCCCGCCCGUGGAGCAUUGCGAAACGAUGGACAAAUGCCUUGCAGGAGGAAUUCGCCCAGCAAGGGAAGAUGGAGAAGACCAUCGGAAUGGAGACAGCGCUCUUCGGUGGCCCUCCGGAACUUGGAAAUAUUCCCAAACUCGCCAAAGGCCAAAUCGAUUUCAUGACAAUAUUUGCACUGCCUCUGUUCGACAGUAUGGCUGACCUGAUACCCGAGAUGACAUUUACUACAGUAGAAAUAAGACGGAAUAAGUCGAUAUGGCGGGAAAUCGUGAAUCGAGAUGUACAAAGCAGAGGGUCCCUUGAAUUGAUCCAAAGCAACACGACACCGUUGGCACAAUCAGAGUCGGAUCUUAGGAACCUACAGGGAGGCGAAACCCCCCCGGAGGUUCAGCUGUUAAUAUUGAUCGAACCCCUCCUGCCUCUUGGAACUUGCCACCAGCCUUGAGCCAGUUACAGCUGAAUAAGGAUAUGCAGUGUGGAACGUAUGAGCCCAAAGAAGUUGAUAAGGACUGUCAAACUCACAAUGACUCGUCCGGUGUCACUCCUCCCUUGACCAUAUCGACGGGCGCUUCUAGAUGUAUUGAGUCAGCCGCAGAUGACAAUCAAGCAUCUCAUUCCCGGCGCUACCAAUGUCAUCGGCCGUUCCAGCGUUCAUCCGGCCGCUCAUCGACAGUAACUACAGUGAAUCGCCAAAGCGAGAUUACGAGCGGAACACGGACCCAAAGCACGAGCACGUAUACAAACAAUACUAUCAUGACACCUAUCUCUUCAACGACCCAAGCCAGCAGCCUUAGUAGCGUAGGUACCAGUGAUGAUGAACAUGGUUAUGUGCGCCAUGAAUUCGACCACGAUCGGGCAAAUCGUCUGCCAAGCAGCUGUUCUGACAGCGUGGUGGACCAUGAUCGGGCCACACCCGCCGCUGCUACUUCUGGCCGUCCAAGCCUUCUUCACACCUACCAUAGUAACGUCGAAGAUGGGAAAACUCCACACUUCAUGGCUGCCUUUAUCGAUAAAAACUUCGGCCACCACACCCAGGGGAAUGGCUUUACCAUCACAAACCCAACUUCCUCCACCUCCGUCAACUACAUUCCGACUGAUUCGUCACACCCCUCGCAUCACGAUUAUGCACCAGUACACCACCACCACCACCACCAUCACACUCAAGACACGAAUGGAGUCAACCACCGAACUGUUCCGCGACGACGUAGCCGCUUACGGCUCGCCUUUUGGCGCCGCAACAGGGAAAUCGCCUCCCCUGAGCAUGACUAACGGGUGUCGAUAAUCACUAUUUUCCUUCCCAAUUUUAUAUUAUAUAAGGGGUGAGGGAUCGAUUCUUCUCUCUCGCCUCUCUUAUAUCCUAUGAAGUUAUAUUAUUUUUCCCCCUUGCAUCGGCACGUCCGGUUAAGUCCGGUUCUCCCGUAUAUUUGUCAAUGGAUUUUUUUUUUUUUCACUCAUAACGAGUGCUCUCUCGGAUUCUUUUAGCCGGAGAUGGAGUUUUGUGGUUGGUGUUUUAUUCUCUUUUAAUUUAUUUAGCCGUGGUUCUUCUUUUGGAAUAAGCGGGACGGGGAUACGAAAUACCAGGGGCGGGCAAGGCGUGGCGGUUGGAUGGGAACGGGGGGCCCUUUUUUCAGGGUUUGUUGGGGGAAGGGGGGCGGCGAAAGGUUUUUUUUUUUU